AAAUUUGUUGUUUAAGUAAACAGGCGCUUAACUGGGCAACCCCUUGGGGUCCUUCCGGGAGGCCGCUGCGACCGGCGACAGAAGGAAGAAGCCUCGUUUCUCCCCAGGAGCGCUGAUUGGCUCCGGCGAGAAGGAGGGCGUGAGUCAGCCCGCCCCUCGCUUCGCUCCGAUUGGCUGAGGCGCGGAAAGUGGGCGGGGCGGUGGGAGGGAAACGUUUACCCGGGAAAGUCUCACGUGGCGCCGUCCCGGCUCCCGGUCCCGGCGGGCAGCGGCUGGAUAUGAGCCAGCUCCGGGUGGCGGCUGCUGCCGCCGGGGGGCUCCGGAGAACCGGCUCGAGGGCGGCCCUGCCUGCGCGGCGGAGGAGGAAGGGCGCGUCACCCCGCAAAGCGGCCCCAGCUCCAGCGCCCGGCCCGCCGUCCUCCCGGCAUCUCUUCAGUGACCCGGCCGAGACCGAGGCCCUGCGCAGGAAUCUGCUCGCUUGGUACGACACGUGCAAGCGGGACCUUCCCUGGAGGACACGGGCAGCAACUGAGCCAGAUGCUGACAGACGGGCGUAUGCAGUGUGGGUGUCGGAGAUCAUGCUGCAGCAGACGCAGGUGGCUACAGUGAUCGACUACUACAACCGCUGGAUGCAGAAGUGGCCGACGCUGCAGGCUCUGGCACAGGCAUCCCUGGAGGAGGUGAACGAGCUGUGGGCUGGACUUGGCUACUACUCGAGAGGGAAGCGUCUGCAGGAGGCAGCGAGGAAGGUGGUGUCUGAGCUGGCCGGUCGGAUGCCCAGGACAGCUGAGGACCUGCAGCAGCUGCUGCCAGGAGUGGGCCGGUACACGGCAGCAGCCAUCGCAUCCAUCUCAUACGGGCAGGCUACUGGUGUUGUGGAUGGGAACGUGAUCCGGGUCCUGUGCCGGCUGCGGUGCAUUGGUGCUGACUCCAGCAGCCCGGCUGUCAUUGACCGGCUCUGGGACAUGGCCAAUGCCCUGGUAGACAGGAGCCGCCCAGGGGAUUUUAACCAAGCCCUGAUGGAGCUGGGAGCAACUGUGUGUGUGCCCAAGGCCCCGCUGUGCGGGGAGUGCCCUGUGAAACAGCACUGCCGAGCACGGCUCAGGGUGGAGAAGGAGCUGGCCUCUGCCUCUCAGAAGCUGCUUGGGAAAGCCACCCCAGUGCCUGAUGUUGAGGACUGUGGUGCUGGGGGCUGCCCCCUGUGCCCCCCGGCCGCGGAGCCGUGGGACAGCAGCCUGGGGGUCACCAACUUCCCCCGGAAAGCAGCCAAGAAGCAGGCGCGGGUGGCGCGAGCGGCCACGUGCGUGCUGGAGCGGAGGGGCUGCCGCGGGGCUCCCCAGUACCUCAUCGUGCAGAGACCCAGCUCAGGUCUCCUGGCUGGGCUGUGGGAGUUCCCAAGUCUCCCCCUGGCUCAGGAUCUACAGGAGGAGAAGCAGAGGGAGGCACUGGCAGAGCACCUCCAGGCCUGGAUAGGGCAGCCUGUGGUGGCUGGAGACCUGCAGCUCAUCGGAGAGGUCAUCCACAUCUUCUCUCACAUCCACCAGACGUACGUGGUCUACUCCUUGUCCCUGGAUGGGGACGUGACCCUGGACCCCGCCUCAUCCCCAUCCCGCUGGGUGACAGAGGAGGAAUUCCACGCCUCGGCUGUCUCCACAGCUAUGAAGAAGGUCCUGAAAGUGUGUGGGAAGCAGCAAGAGAAGGGGAGCAACCCUGGCCAGGGCUCCAAGCGGAAGCGAGGGGCAAAGGCACAGGGCACAGGCAGCACCGGCCCUGGGACACAGCUCUCCCUCCGCGCCUUUCUCCGGCCACCAACUGCCCCAUGAUGGCACCUUCAACAUGAGACCACCAGAGCCCUGUGCUGCCGUGAGUCCUGCCUGUGGCUGUGCCUAUGGCAUUCCCCUGUAUUGCUGUGAGCCCAGUACACAGCCCUGGAACAGUGUCCUGUUCCUUGCACAAUCCACCAGGCUCCCCUAUGGGGAGCUGUGCCUUGAUGUGGCCCCUAGGAUACUGGGUGUGCCCGGAGCCAGGCUUGCCCUCCUGCCUUGGUUGGAGCCCUCCUGGGGUUAUUUGGCUCCAUACCACCACUGCUCCAGCACUGUGGGCUCGUGGCAGCAGGAAGGCUGUGGCCACAUUGCUCCUGCAGCCCUGUCCCUGCAUGCACCUCAUCUGUGGAUCCUGCUGUCCCCUUCCCGGCCUCCCACAGCCCUUUUUAUACACUUGUUUUUACUGAACCUGAGCCACAGGCUUUCUAAUAAUAAAUCUAAAGCGUGUGUGGGUUUUGGAA